UUCAGUUACUGCUUUUUUAUUCAAAUUCCCAGUUAAAGGAUCCAUUAUGAAGCUCUCCCGUAAGGAAAUCAUAUCGAUACUGCUCAGCAUUGCCGCGAUACUAAGUAUCCUAAAUGCGACGGUCUUUGUGAAUAUAUUGCCCCUGCACGUCAGUGUUGAGCAGCUGUUCCAGCAGGUCGUCUGUGUGGGAACCGCCUUCUCGUGCCUCCUCCAUGCCGCCAGCAUAUAUUUUUACCAUUCGAAUUACGCCAGGACCCGUCAGCACAUGCGCUUUGUGCUGGUUACUAUUCUGCUGAUUCUGGCGAUCGCCAACUGUGUUUCUAUAACCUUCUAUACAGAAUAUACCAAGUACAAAAAACUAUCGGGUUCUACUAUUGUUUCGACAUUGUUCACGACCUUUGAGUUGGGCAGUACACCAGCCUGUAUGGCUCUCACCGUUGCGAUUAUUGUGCUGCUGGUUGCAGUCGUGGUGAUCGUGAUUCUGACGAUUAUCCGAAAGACGCGACGUAACCGAAAAAAGUAAAAAAAACCUAGACUGCAAGAAAAAGGCGUAAAGGAGCUGCAUCCUCGUGGGAGUGCUCGAAGUGUUUGGUUUUUAUGCCACUCCAAACAUUUCAUGUCGUUUCAAUGUGGCGCCGCAGUUGCAAUAAUAUAAAUAUUAUAUUCGUACGACGACGUUUGGCAGGCAGACGGCAGACAGACUCGAAUGGCCCGCCUUCACAGAUUUUGUAUGCAGGUGAUAUAAAAAAUAUAUAAAAGGAGUCUCAGGUGUCUGUACUUUUUCUCAAGGAGACGUGUGUAGCACCCUGUAAACCUAGGCAUAGAGAAAAUAGUUUAUUAAAGAAUUUUAUAUUUUGUAAUUAAAUGAAGUGGCUUA